GACAGAGAUACAGGAACUCCAGAAUCUUCCACCAGGUUUCCCCCGUGGGGUAAUCCCCCAGACCCCCUUCCCUCAGCUUGCCCCCACUAUGGGCCAAAUGCACACCCUCAUGCCCACACAGAGCCUGCAGCCCACACAGCAGCUGGAGUACAAGGAGCAAUCGCUGCUGCAGCCGCCAACACUGCAGCUCCUAAAUGGCAUGGGCCCCUUGGGUCGACGAGCGUCCGACGGCGGAGCCAACAUUCAGCUCCACGCUCAGCUCCUGAAGAGGCCUCGAGGGCCCUCGCCGCUCGUCGCCAGCCCGCAUCCGAUCCCCGCCGUCGCUCCAGUUGAUGAGGAGGGAUCAGAUGGGGAGCCGGAUCAGGAGGCGGUGCAGAGGUACCUGGCGAACCGCUCCAAGCGGCACACGACGCACGUGCUCACAAGCACACAGCAUGGCGAGCCUUCAGCAGAGUCACAGCGGCCUCAGGGCCCCCGCCAGAGGUGCGGCUGGGCCCCUGACACACACACCCGAUCCAGCUAUAAGGACUGUAACACCCUCCACCUCCCCAUGGAGCGCUUCUCUCCGGUCAGACGCUUCUCUGACGGCGCCGCCACCAUCCAGGCCUUCAAGGCUCAACUGGAGAACAGCAGCCUCAUUAAGCAACUCAAGCAGGAGUGCGAGCAGCUUCAGAAAAAGUAUGCUGCCCAACAGGACGAACGCCUCCUCGAGCACACUCAGCAGCAGCACGUCCUUUACCAGCAAGAGCAACAAAUCCUCCACCAGCAAAUCCAGGGUCUGUCUUUAGGCCAUGGAGAGAGCCAGCCCAGUCACUUAACCCACCAGCUCCAGAGGUUGCGUAUCCAGCCCUCCAGCCCUCCACCAUCACAUCCCAGCAACCACCUCUUCAGACAGCCCAAUCAGAGUUCUCCUCCUGGCUCUGCAGGCAUCAUGCAUGGGCACGGCGGUCAGUCAUCAGUGCCAUACCAGCAUGGUGCUCCUGCCAUGUACCAGGCACAGAGUGGCAGCCCACCUCCCACCAGCCUGCCUCGAGUGUCCAUGCCAACCAAUCCGCAAGCAGCGUCUGCCCGCCCCGCCGUCCCGCUAGCACCAGGUGUUCCUCAACAGCAGCAGGUGACCAUUCAAGUGCAGGAAGUGGAGCUGGGAGGCGGGGCACAACGACCUGGCAGCUUCCUGUCCACGCCAGGGGGACACAGGGUCCUCGGGAAGCAGCUGAGCGCGGACAACGCUGAGACGCACAGUCGCAGCCUGGGCCGCUUCACCUCCGGCUACGACCAGACACACUUCAACCCCCACCUCUUUUCUGACGACGCUGCCACCCGGGGAGCCUCUGGAGUGGUGGGCUCCUACAACCCCUACCUGCAGGGCGCCUCCCUCAAAGUCCCGGGCCUGGACGGUUACCAGAGCGGGGCUGUGGGGGCCGGCAGCUACGGGGCCCCCUCCACACUACAACAAGCCCUGCUGUCCCCGACUCCUUUGGACUACCGCCCCCCGCAGCAGCACGUCACCCCGACUCUGCAGGGCCUCCUGUCUCCUCGCCACUCUUUAACAGGCCACGCCGACCCCAGGUUGCCCCCGCAGGACUUGGCGGCCCUCCUAAAGAGACAGAGCCCCCGGCCGUGCUCGGCGGGCCAAACGCCGCCUGGCGGCGCGCCGCAGGAUUUCGGGGAAAUGCUUCUCCUCCGACAGCUGAGCCAAGGAGACAGUCUGGAGCCGCCGGUGCCUGCGGGCGCCUCUGGGGGGCAGCACUACCACCACCUCCUCCAGAUCCGACCCCCAGACGUCCCACAUCAGCAGCAGCACACGCCUCAGGUGCCGUGUCCUCCUUUGCCUCACUCAGAGAGCAUGGAAGAGGACGAGGGGCCUGCUGAAUACCACCACCCUCACGAGGGUCUCCUGGCCAAGGCAGGAGAAGGACACGAACUUCUGGGCCCUCCACGAGGAGGAACCCCCCCUUAUAACUCCCCUACACACAGACACGCUGGCUACGUAAGGAGCGGUUCAGCUACUAGAGAAUCUGAGCACGUAGAGUGCAGGCCCCAAGGACAGGCCAUGGAGGUGCCUGAUCACAAUGGUGUGGGCUAUCAACGAGGACCCCAAAGUGAGGCGUAUAGAUCUAGAGGACAGCUACAGCGCCACCACACCAUCCAGACCUGUGAUGAUGCUUAUGACCAGGCCGAUCCCAUGUCCGGUAUGAGCCUCUUGGCGGGAAAGGCUCUAAGCUCUGCUCGCAUGUCGGAUAUCCUCAGCCAGACUUCGCUGACAGGAAGCCAGCAGCUGCACCAGCGGGAAGAGUCAGUGUGUGAUGUUGAAGGGGAGCUUCACGCAACAGCCUGUUACCCCUCGUCCUGCACCAGUGACAUGCUCCUUAGCUACAAGCACCCUGACCUGCAGUACAGCAUGGAGCAGGCUGGGGUCUAACAGGACGGGGUGAACCCUGCGUUUGUCGGUCCUUAUCAGCCACCCUGAGUUGUGUUGUUGAGAAGCAUCAAGCUAAAAAAACAAAACAAAACACCGUUUCCUGUCCAAGCAGAGGGGUGGGGGGGGAGGGGGGGUGCGCUCUGUGUCCAUCUGUCUGUCUUCAUCUGUCCCCUUGGAGGGCAGUCCACACAGGAGGAGGGGCAGUGUGAGUGGGUGUAGACAUUCGGAGGGUGGGAGGGGUUAACAGGUGGGGGCCUCGGUGUUCAAAGGUCAAAGUGCCAGCAUUUUCUACACAAGACAUCCAGCAUUGUUCUGCUGCAGGUUGUGUCCCUCCCCCCAUCGUCUCACCUCCCAUCUCGGAUACCCUUCUUUUGACUCACCAAUCCCACCACCCUCCCCUCGCAAAAACCCAUCCCACCUGCAGCCGAAACCCCGCCCCUCUUUCUCCCCACCGUAACUGUACGGCAUACAUUCAUUACGUGCCUCACUGGUCAGUGGAGUUCAAUCAAACACACACACACACACACACACAAUGCUGCCGCAAACCCAAAGUAUUUACAUUAGGAGUGAGUGUGUCUGUGUGGAUAUGAUUGAUUUAAAGAUAAAAAAAAAAGGAGUGAGGCGAUGGAAGUGGCGUUCGUGAAGUUCAGCCCGCUCCUUCCCGCCUCCUCGCUCCGGCUGUCCUGCAGCGGAUGUUCCCGUAGCAGAUCGGCGGCCCCCCCGGGGCAGUUUGUUCUGGGACUGGGGGGUCAAACGGGCACCAAAAUCUCUGUCCAAAGAUGAAAGCGCAGGAACAUGGCACAGGACAAACCAGCUCUUCGUUCUGUUUUUAUUUAAACUUCAUUUUUACAGUUUAAUGUAGGCAUUACAGUCAAUAUGGUUACUCUUGUUUUCUGUAAAAGAUGUUUUAUUAUAAUAAAUAUUAUAAUUAAA